CUCGGGUCAAUCCGAGAAACCGCCCCGGAACUGGUUAUGGGCGGCCCCUGCCGCGCACGCGGGGCGGGGAGACGGCGGGUGUGCCCACUGCGACUUGCGGAACACAGAUGGUACCGUCCAGAAGCCCGGGCGGUGAGUGCGGCUGCGCGUUACAAACGGCCAGGCGUAGCGCGCCGGCCACUUCUGCACUUCCGCUUUCCUGCCCAGCCAGCGCCCGCAAUGACUGCCACCCUCCGCCCCUACCUGAGUGCCGUGCGGGCCACGCUGCAGGCUGCCCUCUGCCUGGAGAAUUUCUCCUCCCAGGUUGUGGAACGACACAACAAGCCGGAAGUGGAAGUCAGGAGUAGCAAAGAGCUCCUCUUGCAGCCUGUUACCAUCAGCAGGAAUGAGAAGGAGAAGGUGCUGAUUGAGGGCUCCAUCAAUUCUGUCCGGGUCAGCAUUGCUGUGAAGCAGGCUGAUGAGAUCGAGAAGAUUUUAUGCCACAAGUUUAUGCGCUUUAUGAUGAUGCGAGCAGAGAACUUCUUUAUCCUUCGAAGAAAACCAGUUGAGGGAUAUGACAUCAGUUUUCUGAUCACCAACUUCCACACAGAGCAGAUGUACAAACACAAGUUGGUGGACUUUGUGAUCCAUUUCAUGGAGGAGAUAGACAAAGAGAUCAGUGAGAUGAAGCUGUCUGUCAAUGCCCGUGCACGCAUUGUGGCUGAAGAGUUCCUCAAGAACUUCUGAACCACCUGGCUGGAUCCAAGCUCCCCUCAACCUCCCUGUGUCUCUGCGAGUCUUCGUGGUAUCCUGGAGUCACCUCCCAGAGUGGCGGCGGUGGCAGGCAGCUGGGGAGGGUGGGCAUCAGAUAUGGGAGGGGUGUGUGCUUGCUAGCUGGACAGGAAUGCAGCGUGGACCUGUCUCAGGGCCACACAUGCCGGGCCAGGCUGGCUUCUGAUGUUCAGUCUCCUGGUCCAGGAAACUUAUUUUUUAACAUCUUGAAAUUUAACUCUGUGCUUGAAGAAGACUGUAACCUUUUUGUCUCUUUUUAUUUGUUUUGUUUUUGUUUUUAAACAUACAAUCUCCACCUCCAGUGGCUGUGAUUGGUCCCAGUGAUUGUACCCUAUUGGUCGCUGUGGGUCUGGGCGGGCCUGGAGCCAAAGGCGACAACUUUCUCUCCCCUGUGCCACCCCCAGUGGGGAAAGAGGAAAGUUUCAGACUCCAGCUUCUCUUCCUUACCUGCUUAUUCCCAAGCCUGUCUGAGCCCAGUAGAAGUGGCAGGAACCCCUGCCAGCUCCCUAGGCUCCCCUGAUGAGGGCUGGAUCUGUGUGACUGCCCGCCAUGCUUAGGAGCUGGGCCGAAGCAGGCCGCCUCUGGCUGCGUAGCCAUUGCAGUUCCUUCUCAGCUGAGGAGGGCGCUGUCCACCUGUCAGUGCAGUGCCUGUGCUAGAGAGGUGAGUCCACCAGGUUCCCAGGCCGGGCCUCUGCCCACUUUGCUCCUGCUCGCGCGCUCUCCUGAUUCUGUUGGCUCCUUCUUCCCUUAAUUAAAGUCUCUUCUUGCCCUUUGGGGCUGCA